AUGACUCUACUUCAGAAGAGACUGAAUGCAUUCUUCAAGCUCAAUCAGGAACGAAUCCAGCAUGGAGACAUAACAAUUGCAAUGGGAAAUGAGGCAUGUGACCUUGAUUCAUUCAUCAGCUCUCUGGUUGUAGCAUAUGCUGAAGAUGCGAUUCAUGUGGUCAACAUGAAAAAAGAUGUAUUCAUGGCAAAAGGAGAACUGAUGUGGAUCUGUAGUAAGUUUGAGAUAGAUGUCAAUGACCUAGUGUUUUUUACAAAGCCUUCACUACACUUUUCUAAAAAGGCAAGAAAACUUGGUGCAUACUUUGAAUUUGAAGGCGAGAAGCAUCAGGUAACAGGAAAGAAAAUCAAAUUAUUGCUGACUGACCACUGCAAGCCUGCUGAUGUGUUUGAUGAUUGUGAAAUUGAGCUGAUAAUUGACCACCACGCACUUUCCUCACAUGUUUCACCAGCAAAAAGAAUGUACAUAGACCUGGAUGUUGGAUCAGCAACUACGCUGGUUUCUAAAUACCUGGGAGACGAUCUUACAAAGAAAACACACUGUAGCACACUUUCAAAAAGAUCAAACAAAGUGAGAGACAUGGAUCAGGAAACACUUUGCUCUGCAUUUGCAAGGCUUUUACUGAUUCCCAUUCUUAUUGACACUGGGUACCUUAAGAGACGCACAAGCCAUUUUGAUGUCUUUGAAUACAGGAAGCUAAAAACGAUGGCCGGUAUAAGUAAGAAAGAACUGAAGUGCAUAGUCAAGGAGCUGAAGUGUGCAAGGCACAAUGACUAUGAGCACGAGACAAGCCUUAUUCUACAGAAAGACUUCAAAAUGUUCAGUCAUAGGAAGUUUGUAUUUGGAGGAUCUACAGUUAAGUAUUCGUUUGAGGACUGGGUAGAUAGAGAAGGCAAGGAAAUAUCAGGAGUGCCUCUGAAGGAGAUAGGAAUGGCAUUGAUGCUACAAAUAGAAAGCUUCCGCAAAUCCAUGGGACUUGACUUCUUCUUUGUUGCAACGAAGAACAAAGGAAUCAGAAGUAUAAUAUUUUCAAGCUUUCCAUUCAUGAAGAGCCUUGUGAGUAGGAAUGGAUUAAAGGCCAUAAACUACAAAGGGCUUGAAUACUACAAUGCAGACAAGAAAUUUACCAGGAAGAUCCUUGUUCCAGAAGUUAUCGAUAUUAUUGAUAGCUAUGUUCAAGGAGUGUUCAGCAAUGACUAA